AUGUCAAUACCAGUGAUGGCUAAUGAUGACUACGUUUCCUCUGUUCUGAAAUCGUUGCUUCUGCGUCUUCAACUUCUUGCUGGUUCUGCCUCUAUCGUCAAGUUUCUUCCUGGUUUUGAUGGCCCUCUUCCUUUUGAGCUCGAAACCGGGUACAUUGGUGUUGGUGAGAAGCAGGAAGUGCAAUUGUUCUACUACUUCAUCAAGUCUGAGAGGAACCCAAAAGAAGAUCCUCUUCUUCUCUUGUUCAAUGGAGGACCUGGCUGCUCUUCCAUCUCUGGCCUCCUUUUUGGGAAUGGGCCUCUGACUAUGAAGCUUGAUGUUUACAAUGGAACUCUCCCUUCUCUGGUCCCUACUACAUAUUCAUGGACAAAGACUUCGAGCAUAAUAUUCUUGGACCAGCCUGUUGGAACUGGCUUCUCUUACUCAAGAACUCAACUGUUUAAUAAACCCAGUGAUUCAGGAGAAGCCAAACGGAUCCAUGAGUUUCUUCAGAAGUGGCUAGGCGAGCAUCAAGAGUAUUCCUCCAACCCUUUCUAUGUCACCGGAGAUUCUUAUUCCGGUAUGGUUGCUCCUGCCCUUGUUCAAGAAAUCUCAAAAGGAAACUAUCAAUGCUGCAAACCUCCAAUAAAUCUUCAGGGCUACGUGCUGGGUAAUCCGAUAACUGAAUCUGAAACUCACACUAACUCACGCAUUCCAUUUGCUCAUGGAAUGGCACUGAUCUCUGAUGAGCUCUACGAGUCGCUCAAGAGAGUCUGCAAAGGAAAAUAUGAAAAUGUUGAUCCACAUAACACCGAAUGCUUGAGACUCGUUGAAGAAUAUCAUAAGACUUAUCGGUAUUCGCUAGCUACCUAUUGGGCCAAUGACAAAGCCGUACGCAAAGCUCUUCAAAUCAAUGAGGAGAGUAUAGGGAAAUGGGUACGAUGUGAUUUCCAUAUUCCUUACACUUAUGACAUUAUAAGUAGCGUACCUUACCAUAAGAAUAACAGCAUUAAGGGCUAUCGUUCUCUCAUCUUCAGUGGUGAUCACGAUAUGGGAGUACCUUUCCUUGGAACUCAAGCUUGGAUAAGAUCUCUUAACUAUUCCGUUAUUGAUGACUGGAGACCAUGGAUGAUCAAAGAUCAAGUCGCUGGGGAAGUGGGCACACGCCAGAGUAUAAACCAGAGGAAAGCUUUAUCAUGUUCCAGAGGUGGAUCAAUGGCCAACCUCUGUAAAAGAGGAGACUGGCCUUUACGCCAAGGACAAUUAACUAGUAAUUCUUGCAUUGUUAACGUUGCCGUCAUGAAGCUUCCAAAACUACCAAUGAUGGCUAAUGACUACGUUUCCUCUGUUCUAAAACCGUUGCUUCUGCUUCUUCAACUUGUCUUGUUGAGUCAGCUUGCUGAUUCUGCCUCUGUCGUCAAGUUUCUUCCUGGUUUUGAUGGCCCUCUUCCCUUUGAGCUCGAAACCGGGUACAUUGGUGUUGGUGAGGAAGAAAAAGUGCAAUUGUUCUACUACUUCAUCAAGUCUGAGAGGAACCCAAAAGAGGAUCCUCUUCUUCUCUGGUUCACUGGAGGACCUGGCUGCUCUUCCAUCUCUGGCAUUCUCUUUGAGAAUGGGCCUCUGGCUUUGAAGCUUGAUGUUUACAACGGAACUCUCCCUUCCUUGGUUUCCACUACAUAUUCAUGGACAAAGACUUCAAGCAUAAUAUUCUUGGACCAGCCUGUUGGAACUGGCUUCUCUUACUCAAGAACUCACCUUUUUAAUAAACCCAGUGAUUCAGGAGAAGCCAAACGGAUCCACGAGUUUGUUCAGAAGUGGCUAGACGAGCAUCAAGAGUUUUCCUCCAACCCUUUCUAUGUCGCCGGAGAUUCUUAUUCCGGUAUGGUUGUUCCGGCCCUUGUUCAGGAAAUCUCAAAAGGAAAUUAUCAAUGCUGCAAACCUCCAAUAAAUCUUCAGGGCUAUGUUCUAGGUAACCCGCUAACAGAAUUUGAAACUGACUUUAACCACCGCAUUCCAUUUGCUCAUGGAAUGGGACUGAUCUCUGAUGAGCUCUUCGAGUCGCUGAAGAGAACCUGCAAAGGAAAAUACGAAAAUGUUGAUCCACGUAACACAGAAUGCUUGAAACUCGUUGAGGAAUAUCAUAAGUGUACGGAUGGAAUAUUCCCAUAUUUCAUAUCAUUACCAUUUUGCAAAACAGAAACUCCAAAUUGCUAUAUUUAUCGGUAUUUGCUAGCUACCUAUUGGGCCAAUGACGAAGGCGUACGCAAAGCUCUUCAAAUCAAUGAGGAGAGUAUAGGGGAAUGGGUACGAUGUAACUGGGAUAUGCCUUACACUUAUGACAUUAUUAGUAGUAUACCUUACCAUAAGAAUAACAGCAUAAAUGGCUAUCGUUCUCUCAUCUUCAGUGGUGAUCACGAUAUGGCAGUAUCUUUCCUUGGAACCCAAGCUUGGAUCAGAUCCCUCAACUAUUCCGUUGUUGAUGAAUGGAGGCCAUGGAUGAUGAAAGAUCAAGUCGCUGGGGAGGCGGGCACACAGCAGAGUUCAAACCAGAGGAAAGCUUUAUCAUGUUCCAAAGGUGGAUCAAUGGCCAACCUUUGUAAAAGAAAAAUUUGUGAUAUUAAUAUUCAUGCUAUCAAACCAAAACUCGAUUGA